CGCCGGCCCAUUGAGGAAAGAUGGCUACAGUCACUGCAAACGGAGUGCAGCAAGAGAAUGGAUUCAGCACCACGAACAGCGCCGGCAGGAUGAACGGGCUUACCAUCGGCCAGAACACCAUUCCAAUGAAGGACCACGACGCAAUCAAGCUUUUCAUCGGGCAGAUUCCCAGAAACCUGGAGGAAAAAGACCUGAAACCCCUGUUUGAGGAAUUCGGAAAGAUAUACGAACUCACUGUUCUGAAAGACAGGUUUACGGGAAUGCAUAAAGGAUGUGCCUUUCUAACAUACUGUGCCAGAGAGUCAGCACUGAAGGCCCAGAGCGCCCUCCAUGAACAGAAGACUCUGCCAGGGAUGAACCGACCCAUCCAGGUGAAGCCUGCCGACAGCGAAGGACGAGGAGAAGACAGGAAGCUGUUUGUUGGGAUGCUCGGCAAGCAGCAAAGUGAGGAUGACGUCCGGCGGCUGUUUGAGACCUUCGGCCAGAUUGAGGAGUGCACCGUCCUCCGAGGGCCUGAUGGGGCCAGUAAGGGCUGUGCCUUUGUCAAGUUCUCCAGCCAUGCAGAAGCGCAGGCCGCCAUCAACAGCUUGCAUGGUGGUCAGACUAUGCCUGGUGCCUCGUCAAGCUUGGUGGUCAAAUUUGCCGACACUGAUAAGGAGAGGACCCUGCGCCGAAUGCACCAGAUGGCAGGCCAGCUCGGCAUCUUCAGUCCCAUGACCAUCCAGUUUGGGGCCUAUGGCGCCUACUCUCAUGCUGUAAGUCUCAGCCCGGCGGGGGAGGAGACGCAGAUGAUGCAACAGCAAGCAGCCCUGAUGGCAGCAACACAAGGGUCCUACCUGAACCCUAUGGCAGCCAUUGCUGCCGCACAAAUGCAGCAAAUGGCAGCUUUCAAUGUCAACGGCCUGGUGGCUACUCCCAUGACACCUUCCUCAGGCACCAGCACACCCCCAGGCAUCUCCGCCACAGCCGUGCCCAGCAUAGCCACUCCUAUUGGGGUCAAUGGAUUCAGUGCCCUCCCACCUCAAAGCAAUGGGCAGCCCGCAUCGGAGCCCAUUUACACCAAUGGUAUUCAUCCUUACCCAGCACAGAGUCCAACAGUGACCGACCCUCUCCAACAGGCUUAUGCUGGCGUCCAGCACUACGCAGCAGCCUACCCUGCCGCCUAUGCGCCAAUCAGCCAAGCGUUCCCCCAGCAACCAACCAUCAUUCCCCAGCAACAGAGGGAAGGGCCAGAAGGUUGCAACCUGUUUAUUUAUCACCUCCCCCAGGAGUUUGGAGACGCUGAGCUCAUGCAAAUGUUCCUACCUUUUGGCAACGUCAUCUCCGCCAAAGUCUUUGUGGACCGAGCGACUAAUCAGAGCAAAUGUUUUGGCUUUGUGAGUUUUGAUAACCCAUCCAGUGCUCAAGCCGCUAUCCAGGCCAUGAAUGGCUUUCAGAUAGGCAUGAAGAGGCUGAAGGUGCAGCUAAAGCGGCCAAAGGAUGCCAACCGACCUUACUGACUCGUCUGCUGUCGAUACCCAGGAUGAAGGGCCACAACACCUUAUUUCCACAAGUGCAGUAAAAGUACAAAGACUUCUUGCUCUGCUACAUAUCAUG